CUCGAUUUGCUCCGCUCCUCCAGCUGGUAUCAAAACAAAUAUUUUUCUGCUUGCAAAAGUUCCGUUUUGUACUUUGAACAAUGUCUUUGACUGCAUUACGGAAACUGCCCCUUCGUGUCGCCGGCCAUUCAUAUACAUCGGCACGAUCGCUCGUCUCAAAAGCUCAACCGAAUCAUGCCGAAGUAAAUGAACACAAAACGAUCGAUUUGGUGCCACCCUCUUCGAAGCAUGAAAACUCAAUUGAAGUGUUUGAAGAACCCAAACGGUUAAAAGCAACACACGACAUUCCAGUUUGCAACUUGCAAAUGCGCGGAUACCUGCCCCAGCAACUCGACUUUUACGCCGAUUUUGCACAGCGUGCAGCAUACCAUCUGGGCAUGCCGUGCACGGGAACCAUCCGACUACCAACACAGACUUCACGCUGGACGGUGAUUCGAUCACCUUUCGUCCACAAGAAGUCGCAGGAAAACUUUGAGCGCAAGACACACAAGCGACUGUUGCAAAUCAAGGAUGCGCAUCCAGACGUUGUCCAGCGGUGGCUCCGCUAUUUGACAAUGAACGCUCCCGCUGGUAUCGGUUUGCGUGCCACCACCUGGGAGUUCGAACAGCUCGAGUCGAAGUAAACGACGUUUCAACCACAACCACAACAACAACAAUUCUCGCUACACUCUCCUUAUGCAACCUACACCACAUCACAUCAGUCGCAACACCACACGCCGAGCAACACACUUAUUAGAAUUCAAAAAAUGAAAAAUGUAAUAAAUGAGAAAAAGAGAGACCCGCAGUGCGAAUAAAGUCGGGGGUAUUGUAUGAAUUAGAAAUAGUAUGAUUUUGCUGCUGUUGCCACCCAUGUGUUUUGUCUCAUCAUUACUCUG